CAAGCGGCGUGUUCAGUUUGCCGCUGCCUUGGCUUGAGCAGUGCGGGACUGUCAGGGCCGAGACGCGUCCUCCGCCCGCAGCAGCCAUGAGCACCCCAGCAGUGCCCCGGGAGCUACAACUGCCCCCGAGCCAGAGGGCCCAGCCCGAGUUCAGAGAACAAAGAAGACAGAAACUCAAGGAACAUAUGUUAAAAAGAAAAACGUUUUUUGCAUACAAGGAGGAAAAUCACAUAUCCAGUACUAGAGACCAGAAAGUGAUGACCUCUGAGGGCCAGGUCCAUGAAGAGACAAAAGUUCUGAAAUUUAAAACAAAAAUGGCUGGUAAAGAAAAUGUCAGUAGACCUCCCGGGAGCAAAAAUAAUAUAACAAUGGAAAAAAAUUGUAUUCCUUUAAGGCCUUCUAAUGAACUAACCAAUUCAACUACAGCAAUUGAUACACCUAAUUCUGAGGAUAAUAAUCAAACUGGGCAGUUGGAACCAAUUAAAGGUGACCCUCCAGGUCAACACAUGACAUUAAGCCAAGUGUUUCAUCUUAAAAACAACAAUAAAAAGAAACAAAUAAUGACAGAAAAACCAAAGCAAGAUGCUAACAUGUCCAAGAAGCUUGUGCUUGGAUCUUACCGUGGCCAAAUUGUUCAGUCUAAGAUUAAUUCAUUUAGAAAGCCUCUACAAAUCAGAGAUGAGAGUUCUGCGGCAAUAAAGAAACUUUCUACUACAGUCCCUAAAGCUACAGAGCCUCUGCGCACAAACAGCAGCAGUGUGACAGCGAAAAGCGAUAGAGCCUCUAACGUGACGACUGCCACUAAACUUGUGAGCACUACAAUUCAGAACAGACAGCUUCUGCGACCUCCUAUUAGAAGUCACCGCGACAAUGCUCAGGACGCUGUGAGACCAGGCAUCGGUAGAAGCUCGGCCAAUGUUACGAUUCGGAAAGGGCCUCUCGAGAAAGAGUUAGUGCAAUUAAACACAGUUUCAUCUAGUGCCAAAACCGGUUCUCAGGAUAUAGAAAGAAAGAAGACACUAACAAGAAGCGUGAAGUCUGAAAUCGUAGCCAGGCCUGUUUCGUCUUCUAACACCAAACUGAUAGAAAAGUCGAAAAACGUUGACCCUCGCAGGCAUACAAUAGCAAAAGCAACUAUUGAUAGAUCAGCUCAGCCCAAAGAAACAGCAGAAGAGAGAAAAGCUCGUCUGAGUGAGUGGAAAGCUGGCAAAAGGAAAGUCCUGAAAAGGCCUCCUAGCUCAGGAGUUACCCAGCCUGAGCCUGAAGGGCAACACGAAAACCCAGUUGGGUCCUUUUGGACCACCAUGGUAGAAGAAGACGAACAGAGAUUAUUUACCGAAAAAGUGAACAAGACAUUUUCCGAAUGCCUAAACCUGAUUAGUGAGGGAUGCCCAAAAGAAGAAAUAUUGGUCAUACUUAAUGACCUGAUUAAAAAUAUUCCAGAUGCCAAAAAGCUUGUUAAAUAUUGGAUAUGCCUUGCACGUAUUGAACCACUCACAAGUCCUAUUGAAAACAUUAUCACAAUCUAUGAGAAAGCCAUUCUGGCAGGCGCUCAGCCUAUUGAAGAGAUGCGACAUACCAUUGCAGAUAUUCUGACAAUGAAGAGUCAAGAAAAAGUUAAAUAUGGGGAAAAUAUUGAGGAGGCUUGUGCAACCAAGGAAUACAUCCAUGAAGUCAGCACUGAAGACAGAGGGGUUAAUCUAGAGUCAGGAAAACCAGAAAUGGAAAAGAAAACUAGAAAUGUGGUAUUUCAAGAUGAUGAAAAAGAGCAAGAUGACAAAACAAAAGAUUCAACCAAUGAUGUUAAGACCCCCAGUACAGAAACCAGGGGGAGUUGCUUAAUUAAAUAUAAUGUGUCUACUACACCAUACCUACAAAGUGUAAAAAAGAAGAUACAGUUUGACAAUACAGAUUCUACAUUUAAAGAGCUAAAGUUUCUAACACCAGUGAGACGUUCUCGACGUAUUCAAGAGAAGACUUCUAAAUUGCCAGAUAUGUUAAAAGACCAUUAUCCUUGUGUGUCUUCAUUGGAACAAUUAACAGAGUUGGGGGGUGAAACCGAUGCUUUCGUAUGCCGUCCCAAUUCAGCACUAUGCCCGAUGUUCUCAGAGCCUGGAACAGCAGAAGAGAAAUAAAGUGAUGAUGAGAAAUGGG